CUUGACGUAUGUGGUCUGUGAUGAAUGGAAAUACGCGAUUUUCAAAAUAAAAUAAUACUAUGUAAAAAGUAAAAUAAACAAACCUUUGGAAUGUAAAGCUGCGGUAUUUUUAUAUUUAGUGCAUUACACGAAUCUCACUAUCUCUCUGUUUAAAGUAUUAUAUUAGUUUUAAAGUUUAAAAUUUUCGAAUGUUAGAAUUCGCUCGCAUUGAGCUCAAUUUCCCGUUACUCGAAUACAUUCCACGUCAGAAUAAGUUGGUAUCGUACUUAAAACGAUGCGUCGAGCUAAAGGAUACCAGGAUUUGGACGAGAAUGCGGGAGAUUCUCGUGCACCGGCGCCACCAAUGCCUCUACCUCAGGAGAUAGAGAUGGCUUCUGUUUCAGUUGUGCCUGACGAUACAUUCACUGUGACUCAAGCUGUCAACGCACUAGGAUUUGGUUGGUUCCAAGUGAAACUGUCACUCUAUACUGGCUUGUGUUGGAUGGCUGAUUCAAUGGAAAUGACCAUCUUGAGCAUAUUAUCACCAGCUCUUCACUGUGAAUGGAAUAUAAGCAAGUACCAACAAGCACUUACUACUACAGUUGUUUUUAUGGGAAUGAUGUUAAGCUCUACAUUUUGGGGCAAUAUCAGUGACAGAUAUGGAAGAAAAACUGCUCUAAGUAUGUGUGGCGUAUUAUUAUUUUAUUAUGGAUUGCUGAGUUCUAUCGCUCCAAACUUCCUUUGGUUGCUGUUUUUGAGGGGACUUGUUGGUUUUGCAAUAGGAUGUGUGCCACAAUCAGUUACGCUUUAUGCUGAAUUUUUACCAACAAAACAGAGAGCUAAAUGUGUUGUUCUUUUAGAUUGUUUUUGGGCACUUGGCGCAUGUCUAGAAGUGGCAUUGGCGCUCAUAGUGAUGCCAACUCUAGGAGUGCAUUGGUUAUUGGCCCUGUCAACUAUACCUUUGCUGAUAUUCGCUAUUAUAUGCCCUUGGUUGCCAGAAUCUGCUAGAUUCCAUGUAGCAAGUGGACAACCAGAUAAAGCUUUGGAGACGUUAGAAAAGAUAGCGCAAGACAACGGGCGGCCCAUGCUGCUCGGUCGGCUGGUGUGCGACGACUCUGUCGGCAUCGGGCAGCGCGGCCGGCUCAAACAUCUCCUCAUUCCACAGCUGAGGAAAACCAGCCUUCUUCUGUGGGUUAUAUGGAUGUCGUGCGCCUUCUGCUACUACGGGCUGGUGUUGAUGACGACGGAGCUGUUCGAGACGGACGCGGACGCGGGCGAAGAGUCGUGCGCCGCCGACUGCCGUCCGCUGCAGACCACAGACUACAUGGACCUACUGUGGACUACCUUGGCUGAGUUCCCUGGUAUAUUCGCCACAAUAUUUAUAAUAGAAAAGUUCGGGCGCAAGAAGACAAUGGCAUCUCAGUUCGUCAUUUUUGCGAUCUGUGUUUGCGUUUUAAUUUACAACACCAACCGGACAUUCCUAACAUCCAUUCUGUUUCUUGCUCGAGGCAUCAUCGCUGGAUUGUUUCAAGCGGCAUACGUUUAUACUCCAGAGGUAUACCCGACAGCGUUAAGGUCUACUGCGGUGGGCGCGUGCAGCGGGGUCGCGAGACUCGGGGCUAUGGUGACCCCAUAUGUGGCACAGGUGCUGCUAAAGAAUUCGAUAACGAUAGCGACGGCGGUAUACUCGGUCGCAGCGCUGGUGGCGGCGGCCGCCUGCGUCGCUCUACCCAUAGAGACCAAAGGCAGGGAGAUGAAGGAAACUGUCAGCGCCUCCGGGUUAUAGCCAACUGGCGGAAAACACGGGAACUUGUUGCAUUUUUUUUAAUAACUCACAUUAAGCUUUGGGUUCUAGCCUUCUAGCCCUUUUGAGUUAACACCUCCGGAUUAUAGCUCACUGGCGGGCGAAGCGAGAACUAUACUACAGCCCUACUCGAUGUGUACUGUUUACCAAUGAAAAAAUUAGAAAUGUGGGUAGAAAACGCAAGUCAUAUGCAUAAAAAAUGUUAUUCAAAAUAUAUAAAGUAUAUAACUAUAAUCUAAUUGCUCGAAGCUUAUUAAUCGAAUUUAUUUUAAUUAAUUUAACAACAAGUUACUUAAUUAUAAUUAUUAUUAGGUGUGAAAUGACUAGCUAUUUAUACCCUAAUUAUAAUUUGUUUGUUGGUAAACAGUACACAUCGGAUAGGGCUGUAGUAUAGUAGCAUUUCUUAAAUAACUUACUGAUCUCCAGUGCCUCCGGAUUAUAGUCGUAUGGUGAAAACGCGUGAUUUGUUGCAUUUUUUAAUAUUUUUCACUUUAUUACUUAAUAUUUUUUAAAUUAGUUUUACUUAAUGUUUUUUUAAGUAAAACUUCUUUACGCUUGACUUGAGGAGCGUUACGAAAAUUUGUAAUCGGUCAAUGCGUGCUGCCAUCUACAAGUAUUGUGAAAUAGUGUUUGUUAUUUUAAACUACCAGUAGAUGGCGUUCUUAGAAAACUUUGAAACUUUACCUUUUUUGUACACGGUCGCAAUGCAGUUAUGCCUGAAGCUUAUAGAUGGUGUUUUGUUUUUUUUAUUUAACCUAUUUCAAAAGUAGGUGGUUCUCAAUGAGUCGGAAUUUUCUUUUAUUUUAUUUUUUAAAUAAGUUUUACUUCAGUCGUGUAAUCUACAGCACAUAUUUUUUUUAAUAACCGGCAGUUCACGGUUUUGGGUUCUAGCCCUUUUGAACCUUAAAAUAUAGGUACCGACCGUUAACGCCUCCGGGUUAUAGCCGACUGGUGGAAAACAAAUUGUUAUUUGGUACACACUGUUUUGAACACAACAUUUUAACAUUCAUACCUAAUUGUAAAUCCAAGAUGGCCGACGCUAAAAAAUGACGGAUUACAUAUUUUCAAGAUUAUAUGUGCUUAAUCUUACACGUUCCGCUGUGUAGGGAAACUUUUAAUUUAUCGACUUUGUUUUAAUUUAAUAUAUUUAUAAGUAAUACAGGACCAAAAUAUAAUGUUGUUCAUGUUUAAAUCGCAGAUACGUAGCUCUCUAGUCUAUGCAUUUAAAGGAAAGCUUUAGUGAGGAUACAAGAAAAGAGUUAUCUUACUGCAAAAACGUGUUUCUACAAGCUUAUCUGGCUCGGUGAAGAUGUCGCUAUUGUCGCACUUUUUCUAUAAUAAAAAGAUUAUUUUGCAAAAUGGCGAACGCUGUGACAUAAGUUCUAGUUUUGGCCACCGGGUCGAAAAAUUCUGUGGCAUAUUAUGUCAACAUGUGUACAAUUAACCUCACAGCUAACCUUAACUUAACUUCCCUAUUGUUUUAACAUUUUAAACAUGCUUGUAUUAUAAAGUUGAAGUUUGUUUGUUUGGUUAAACGUGCUAAUCUCAGUAACUGUUUGUUCAAUAUGAAACAAUAUUUCACUAUUGAAUAGAUUAGAUGCAAUACUUUUACGGGAGUGAAACCGUCGGGAAAUGCUAGUUAAAUAUAUCUAUCAUCAAUAUCAUUAUCAUUAACAACCCAUGUACGGCUCAAUGCUGAGCUAGAGUCUCCUCUCAGAAUGAGAGGGGUUAAGCGAAUAGUCCACCAAGCUGGCCCAAUGUGGAUUGGCUUAACACACGCAGAGAAUUAAGAAAAUUUUCUGGUAUGCGUUUUAACUGCUAGGUUUCCUCACGAUGUUUUUCCUUCACCGUUUGAGACGUGAUAUUAAAUUUCUUAAAAUGCACACAACUGAAAAGUUGGAGGUGCAUGCCCCGGACCGAAGUCGAACCCACACCCUCCGAAAUCGGAAGCAGAGGUCAUUUCCACUGGACUAUCACGCCUUGUAUCUAUAGAACAACUAAAUUCCAGCUCAGUGUAUCGGCCGGGGUUGGGAAGUUGGUGGUGUUACAUCACCCCCCGUUUUCCUGCUGCAUUUGUUUUAAAAUAUUUAAGAAUCCUUAAUAAUAAUGAUUUAAAAAAAAUAUAUGAAAUAUGCGAAUGUACCUAUAUGAGACUCUCCAGCGAUAAAGGGGAUUUAUUGAAUCUCUUAUAUAUUUUUUUUUAUAGUUAAAAUAUAAUUAGCUUUGUUAUUUUACAAGAGAAAGCUUACUCAUUUAUUAUUAACUUUAUUUACACUUUAUUCGGAUACAUUAUAUAAUACGUAUUUAUACGUGCUUUAACUAUUAAGUAAAAAUAAUAAAUAUGCAAAGGGUGAGUUUUUGAGAUUGGUACACAUAUACAUAUAUUGUAUGGCAGCUUUUGUAACCAUCCAAAUCUUAUCUAGAUUUCUAAUCCUAUAAAAACAUUAAAACUUUUAGUUUAUUAAUGUCAAAGUACCUAUUCAAUUUCGGGAAAAAAAAAUUCUAAACAUUUUAGCUAUUUUGGUCAUAAAACGGGAUUUUUUAUGCAACUGUUAAAAUACAAUAAGAACUCUAAAAGUCACCCUACAUAUUAGAAAUAUAAAUUGUAUUAUAUUAUUAUAGUGAGUACCUGAAAUUAAUAUUUCAGCUGUUUUUUAUAAUAUACUCAGAGACACAAUUAUCUGCCCACUUUAAUAUACUCGCGUCAUAUAAAAGUGGGCGGAUAAUUGUGUCUCUAAGUAUAGUACUAUACUUAUCGUUUUUAUAACGUGACUAUGUGAUUGGUAUGAUGCGAAUCUCUUUACCUGAUAAUAAUUAUUUUUUAUCAGUAUUAAUAGCUUAAAUUCCUUUGGUUGUGAUAAACGGUACUUAAUCUCUGAUAUUAAUUUGUUAUUUUUUACACAUAAACGAAAGGUUUAAACUCGUUAACGUAACUCGUAACGUUUUAUUAAGUGUAUGUUUCUUGUAUGACUUUAAGGGUCGGCGUCUACAGAAAGAGUGGCGAUGAAGAGAUAAAAAUUUAAAUUUAAGUAAUUUAAAUUUACGCCACUUCUCCGUCGAAGAUGACCUUUAGUGAUUUUUUUUAUUACGGAUAUAAUUAUGUUUACAUUUGUUUAUUUGACAUUAUUUUACAUUUUGAUAUUUUAUACUUUCUUUGGUAUUGAUUUUAUUUUUUAUCACACAUCGUUAUUUUAUUUUUGUUUUGUUCGAAAACAAAGAAAAAUUUUACUCUCAUGGUUUUAUUUAUAUAGACAAUUGGUACAUUUCACAUGCAUAUAUAAUGCAAUAAAAAUGCGAGGUUCUGAAUCUUUUACAUAUUUUAGUUUUAUAAACCAUGCGCAUGUUUUUGUGACUUAUACGAGUAAUUUUGGUUAUUUAUUCUGAAAUUCCAAAAUGCCCCAUAUCUCCAAAAAAAAUUAAAUUUACGUAAUAAGUAUGUAUUUAAUUUUUCUUUACUUUUUUUCAAUGAUAUGUGGUAAGUUUACUUUUUCCCAGUAAUUUCAAUUAACUACGUUGCUUUCUAUUUAUAUAAAUUUUUAAUAAACUUAAUUCAUAAAAAAAUCGCAUAUGUAUCUAACUAUUGCGUCUGUGGUAAGACUGUUUUAAGCCCCGCAUCCACCAAAGUGUAUAAGUGUAAAGCAAAGAAAAGAACUUUAUUUUACAAGGUGUUAGGUACAAAAAAGAUAAUUGAAUAUACAUAAUAUGAUAUACUCGACAUGUAAAGACGGCCAUAAUGUUGCAUGAAUUUUAAUUAAUACAAAUACAAGUCUUUAUUGGUUAAAACAUACACGGUUUUACAAAAAUCAUUGUUGAGACCUUCUUAAGAAAAGUAAGUGCCUGUACCUGUGACAGAAUUAAUUGAAUGUAAGUUCAAGCUUUUUUUUUGAGAAUUUUAAAUUCUCAUCUCUCAUUGUUAGGUAUCUACAGAAACUUAGCCCACGUAUUCCGCCAUGAAGGAACUGUAUAGGUAAAUUAUUUUAUUUAAAAAAAAAAUCUUCUCUCCAUAGUUCAUACUUUGGUGGAUAAUGGACCUAAUGAAUUGAUAAUUAUAAUAUCUUACUGGUUUAUUGCUUAAUGUAUUUCUUGUUUCUAUUUUCUAAUAUAUUUUAAAAAAAAUUAUGUAAUUAUAAGGAAAAAUAUCUAAACCAAAUAAGUAGACAUAAUUUUAUAUAUAAUGUUAUUAAGUAUUAAUAUUUACACGACUUUAAUUGAUUAAUAAAACAUGCACAGCUUACAAA